CUUUUUUUUUGUGAUCUGAGUGUGGAGACGGUUGCAAUUUGGAUCCGUAGUCGACGGGUUGCAAUACACAAAAAGUUCUUGUUUCGUUUCCAUCUCGACUCCCUUGCCCUCCGACAUCCUGACCCACUCGCUGCCUCGAAGCUGCCCUGCUGCUAGACUCAGAGGCUUCCGCUCCCUUGAUAUAAGUUAUUAGCGUUUGUGUAUCACACCCAGACGAUCCCGUCUACGAGGCUGAGAGUCGCUGCAGGACAACGAGCUCAUGUACAGCGCACACAAUAACGACGCAAGUCGUCAAUCAGGUUUUGGAGCCGUUGGCUUGGGUUUUCUCAACGGUAACAUAGAUGACGAUGAAGACGACACCAGUCCGACCCAGAGGCACCGCCCACCUAUGACAGCGGCAACAGCACCCCGACAACCUGUCUCCCUUCCACUCGCUGCCCCUCGGCCAGGAUACCCAGCACCCGUUUCGGCCCUCAAGAUGCCUCCUUCCACUUCCCCAGAGUCAUCCCGUCUCCCUCAAAUGUCCCAAGUCCCUCAGGUAUUAUCUGCCACCCGUAGGCAGCCCGACAUGGGUGCACCCCGCAUGCCUCCCCCGAUCUAUCAGACACCUGCAUUUCCAAGACCUGUCGUACCGAGCACCCCUCAUCCGUUACAACCACCCAUGACUCCCAUCACCCCCGUGUUUGCCCGCCCUUCAAAGUCUCCUGCACCCCAAACGGAUGUCAAGUUUGCUAGUGACGUAAUCAUACGCGGUAAUUCAGAGGAUAACCUCUUACCGAAGCGGGGUGAACGCGGUGAUUAUUUCUGGAGGAGAUUUAGCGUGGUUGCCAAGGAGGAGAAGAGGCCCAGUUCCUGGUUGGUUAAGACACAAAACGGUAUAAGUCGGAUGUCUCGUUGGGUCUGGCUUAUUGCUUUCUUGAUCUUAGUGGGCAUUGCCUUAUUCGCUGCGUACGAGAUCACUCACAAAUCGACAACAACCACCCAACCGACGGCCGUCGGUGGCAAGGCCAGCGAGACUGCGGGACCAACAUCUAAAUCUGCUCCGGCAGCUACCCAGUCAACGUCUCUUCACGUCUCUCCCACGUACACGGUCGCACGCCGUGCAGCAGAGCCUCAGCCAACCCCCUUAGAUGCUGUUUAUGCUGUUUAUCCGCUCUCAGGUCCCCCUCUCAAUGGUCUGGUUCAAGCGAAGGUCCCACGACGCGCCAAGAAACAUCGUCAUCAAUCCCUAUAUCAUUAGGCUUUUAUGCUGCCGCAUAUUUGUUUGGCAGUCCUGCUCAUACGAUACCAACCGUCGACCCAGCAAACUGCGUAAUACCGAUUGCAUAACCUCGUCUUUUCGACUCUCGGGACCAAUGUUAACAGCGUCCCGUCCUCUCCUUUGCAUUGCCUCGAUGCUAAACGCAGCUUGUAUUUAUCCUUUAUACCAUCACUUCACACUUAUGUUGAGAUACGCUUUAUUCC